AAAAUUAACUAUUAGAGAGGAAAAUUCCGUCCUUGUCUCAUGGACUUGGUGCGCAUAAAUACAGAAACUGCAGUAUUGAAGGCAAGCAAGAAAGCUUUCAGAAAAGUUCCAAAUAUCACUAAAGCUAUAAAUGCACUUACUUGUUUAAAAGGUAUUGGUCCUGCAUCUGCAUCGGCAAUUCUAGCAGCUGGUUAUCCGGAACAUGCUCCAUUCAUGGCUGAUGAAAGUAUGUUGUCUACUCCAGGAAUUGAAACUACAGAUUAUACUUUAGCAGAAUAUGUGAACUAUACUGCACAAAUAAAAGCAUGUAGUGAUCGUUUAAAUGAGCAUGAUAAAGAAACCAAGUGGACUCCUCAUAAAGUAGAAUUGGCACUGUGGACACAUUUCUUGGCAAGAGAGCUGAAACCAUCUAUUCUCGAUGAUUUACCUAAAUAUGAUGAAGAUGCAACUCCAAACGGAAAGUCAAGCAGCAAUCAUUCAGAUAAAGACAAAUCUGUACGUGAUGCAUUGAAACAAUUGGAUCAAGAUGAUUCUUCAAAUGAACCCGUUGAUAAAAACAUCUACAAUGCACACUUGAAUAUUGGCGAAGAUAGUGAGGUAUCCAAUAGUAGUUUGGAGGCCACUGAUGAACCCCCAAGUAAAAAGCCUUGCAUUUAGCCUUAAUUGUAGCCUCUGUACCCUCUUCACUUUUUAUCAAGGUACAUAAAAUUCAUGUAAAGGAAAACGAAACAAACUCCUAUUUUUCUAUCUUAUUCAUCUUUAUUUUAUUGCAGGUAUUUGAAUUUACAUACCAUUGCUAUAGAACAAUGAUUCAUAUCGUUCACAAUAUUUAGGAAUUUUUGUCAUGCAACAAGUGAAGGUGCAGAUUUCAUAUAGUGUAUCUUAUUUCUUUUUUUGCACAAAAUCCUCUUAGCUAUUGAUGCAAAAAGAAAAAAAAAAUUAUAUCUAUAUCUAUAUACACAGACACACACACACACCACACUAGC